UCUGGAUUGGUCGGCUCCCCUAGAGGCCGGCGGGGAGGAGGCGGGGCUACGGCGGUCACGUGGCGAACAUGGACCCGGUGCUUUACGUGUUGGCGGCGGUGCUGCUGGUGGCGCUCCUCGUCUUCGUCAGCCGCGUCAGGGGACAGGCGCGCGCCGAUGAUGAGGAACACCAUCAGAAUGUGGUGGCCGCCGCCGCCGCAGCCCGACCCCAGCCCUUCACCGGCGAACGGGGCGAUGGGAUGCCCAGGCACCGAAGGAACAGGAUGCUUGCUCUGAGACGCUCACAACAGGCCGAGGAUGCAGUGGAAGAAGAAAAUGAUGGAGCUGACCCUGCUGAGUUCCAGUUUUCUGGAAAGGUUGGAGCAAAGAAACAGCGAAAGUUAGAGGAGAAGCAGGCAAGGAAGGCUCAGAGAGAGGCUGAAGAAGCGGAGCGGGAAGAAAGAAAGAAGCUGGAACAGAAACGAGAGGAAGAGCGUCGCUUAGAAGAGGAACGGCUGCGUCAGGAGGAGGAAAAAAAGGAAGAAGAACAGAAAAAGGCCAAGGAAGAGGAGGAGCGGCAGGAAUAUGAGGAGUAUCUCAAGCUGAAGGAGAGCUUUGUGGUGGAAGAAGAAGGAAUGGAUGAAGCCAUGACCGAGGAGGAGUCACAGAGUUUCAUCACAGAACUUCUUGACUACAUUAAGAACGCAAAAGUGGUUCUUUUGGAAGACCUGGCUUCUCACCUGGGCCUCAGGACACAGGAGGCAAUCAGCAGAGUCCAAGACCUGAUGGCAGAUGGAACGCUCACAGGGGUGAUCGACGACCGAGGCAAAUUCAUCUACAUCACACCAGAAGAGAUGACGGCCGUGGCCGAGUUUAUUCGCCGGAGGGGACGGGUCUCCAUUACGGAGCUGGCUCGAGAAAGCAAUUCUCUGAUCAACCUGCAACCAGAGGCCAGUUUUCUUAGCAAAGGAAUGGCCUGAGAAGCCACUCUGUUAUUGGGGGAGAAAUAAAAUGGAUAAAGUCAUUUCUUGGUUCAGUUGGGCUUUCGGAUCACGAAGCCACAUUCAUGCAUUUGGAAUAUAUUUAUAUAAACAAGUCAGUUGAUAUGCGCCAGGAAGGCAGUUGGAAGAUGCUUUUAAAAGGCUGAUGAAUUAUUUGCUCUGUAAAGGCUGUAACAUACCUUGCACGCUUGGAAUUAGAAAUUUGCGGGCAUUCCCCGUGUAUUGUCUAACAACAGUCUUUCUGUUCUACAACUCCCAUAUUCCCAGUCAGCACAGCCAGGUAGAAGAGUUGUAAUCCAACAUACUUUGCAGGUUCUGAUUAAAGGAAAUAGGUUCUUUUAAAAAAAAAUCUCCUUAUGCAGUGUUUCUUAACCUUAUGCAGUGUUUCUUAACCUUGGCAGCUUGAAGAUGUGUGGACUUCACCUCCCAGAAUUCCCCAGCCAGCAUAGCUAUGCUGGCUGGGGAAUUCUGGGAGAUGAAGUCCACACAUCUUCAAGCUGCUAAGGUUAAGAAACGCUGUCCUUAUGUAUUGAACUCCCAGAUAUUCAAAAUCAAACUGCAAUCGCCUUUUAAAUACUGCAGCUUUCUUCCUCUUGUGCUAGUUUUCAAUUUAUAGCGACCUUUUUUCCGUAUAAGGCCAUUCAACAGUGAAUAGUUAGGAUCACGACUUUUUUUGGGGGGGGGUGUCUCAGUUUGGAUCCUGAUGCAAAGAUGAGGAACGAAGGUACUGAACAUUUCAGGAUUUGAAAGAUGUUGACUUUCUCCUGACUUCGAAUAAAUACUGAAUAUUUGGUGGAAAAUA